AUGCAGCCCUUUAGCAUUCCGGUUCAAAUUACGCUCCAGGGCAGCCGGAGGCGCCAGGGGAGGACAGCCCUUCCUACCUCAGGGAGGAAGAGAGACACCAACUCCCAUGAUGGAGACCUAGCAGACGUGCGCCGGAAGCUGCCGUCCAGUGCUGGUGAGGACCGAGCCCUGCUGCUCGGGUUUGCAAUGAUGGGCUUCUCCGUUCUAAUGUUCUUCUUACUUGGAACAACCAUCCUAAAGCCUUUCAUGCUCAGCACUCAGAGAGAAGAAUCCAACUGCACCACCGUCCACACACACAUCACGGAGGACUGGCUGGAUUGUGCUUUCCCCUGCGGCACGGACUGUCGAGGGCGGGGGAAGUUCCCGUGUCUGCAGGUGUUUGUGAACCUCGCCCAUUCGGGUCAGAAAGCCCUGCUACAUUAUAAUGAAGAGGCUGUCCAGGUAAAUCCCAAGUAA